GCUGUCUGACCCGGGAUAUGAGCAGCCUGACCGUUUGUCCUCAGAGAUGAAUCCCUUAGCAUGGCAGCGCUGCAGCCUGGGCCUGAUGAUCCUGCUGGUUCUGGUUCAGGUCCUGGUUCUGCUCUAUCCUGUUGAAGGAUACAAUCUGGAUCAGGAGCACAGUCUGGUGUUCAAUGGCCCCAAGUCCUCUAUGUUUGGAUACUCAGUCCUGCUGUACCAUUCUGGAUCUCACAGCUGGUUGGUGGUUGGCGCUCCGGUAGGAAACUCAUCUUUUCCUCCUCCUGCAGUAUCUCCGGGAGCUCUUUACCGCUGCAGGGUCAGCGCUACUCCCAGCAGCUGUGAGCAAAUGUAUGCUGAUGUGGGGAGUUGUGGGAAGACGUGUCAAGCAGAGAGUGAUAACCAAUGGCUGGGAGUCAGUCUGUCCAGACAACCUCGAAACAAAGGAGGAGACAUCCUGGCCUGUGCUCACCGUUGGAAGAACGUCUACCACUCAAAGAAAGACAGUACGAACAACAAGCUGCCCAAUGGAAUCUGUUAUCGCUUCAGUGACGUCAUGGCAUAUCCCCAGCCAUUUCUCCCCUGCUACAGAGACCACCAGAGGAGGUUUGGGGAGGAUUAUGGGUCAUGUCAGGCUGGUAUUUCCAACUUCCUGACAGAGGAUCUGAUCAUCACUGGGGCUCCAGGGACGUCUUAUUGGACUGGAUCAGUUGUGGUCUACAACAAGACCAGCUCAGUACUGUCAUCGUAUCUGGACUUAGACACUGGAGUGGUCAGCUUUGGAAGCUACCUGGGUUAUUCUGUUGGAGCCGGUCACUUCCUGAGUCCUUCUUCUACGGAGGUGGUGGGUGGAGCUCCGCAAUACAACCAGAAGGGCAAGGUAUUCAUCUUCUCAGCAGAAAAAGCCCUGCUGCAGGUUGUGUCUUCAGUGUCGGGGAAAGAGCUGGGCUCUUACUUUGGCUCCAGUGUGUGUGUGGUGGAUCUGAAUGCUGAUGGUCUGUCAGAUCUGUUGGUUGGCGCUCCCUUGGCAGUGGGUGCCGCCAGGGAUGAGGGACGAGUCCACGUGUACAUCAACCAGGGGGAGGCGAAGCUGUUGGAGGCCGAGUUUCACCUGACUGGCAGCAACGCUUACGCUGCCCGGUUCGGAGAGACCAUCACUGACCUGGGAGACCUGGACGAUGACGGUUACCCUGAUGUGGCGAUUGGUGCACCACAUGAAGACGAUCUAAAAGGAGCCAUCUACAUCUACAACGGCAGACAGGAGGGAAUCUCACCAACUCCGUCUCAGAGGAUUACUGGAUCCAUCCUGGGUCACCGCCUCAACAUGUUCGGCCAGUCACUGAACUCUGGCAUUGACAUUGAUAAUAAUGGCUACCAAGAUGUGGCAGUUGGUGCAUUCCUCUCGGACUCCGCUGUAAUUCUCAGGACUCGUCCGGUGAUUCGGGUGGAGGCGACUCUGACUCUGCCGGAGCAGAUUGAUCAGCAGCUGGCACUGUGCAGACAACACCACACUCCAACCGUCUGCUUCAACGUUACUGUCUGCUUCUCUGUUAGCUCCAGACAGUACAAAGGAGCUAUAGAUCUUAAUUAUAAUUUGACCUCUGACCUCCACCAUAAGCCAUUCUUCCCUCAUCGUUUCUAUUUCCAUGGUAACGGGACAUCCAAUAUCACAAGGGGUCAUGUGAGAGCACGAAAUGGCCAGAUCACUUGUACAACACACAGAGUUUUCCAAAGGAAAGACGUGAGGGACAUUUAUACUCCUGUGUGGUUUGAGGUUUCCUACGGCCUCAAAGAAACACGCACCAACAGAACCAGUGCCAAAGCCUUCCCUCCAUUAAAACCCAUUCUUCAGCAGAGAGCAGGACACCGGAACGCCGUCAGCAACCUUCCGUCCUUCUUUCAGACGCAGUUUGCUCGGUCCUGUUCUCAAGUUAACUGCUCCACUAACAUGCAGCUGUCAGCUCAGAUAGUGCUGCCACAGCAGCUACAGUACUAUGCUCUGGGCUCUGGACGCACUAUGAUGUUGAACGCCUCACUGCUGAACUCUGGAGAUGACGCCUUCCUGCCGCGACUGAUGCUCCGUUUCCCCGAUAACAUCCACUACAUCAAAGUCCUACAGAACGAGGACAACACGGUGAGCUGUGAUGUCACACAGGAAGUCAACAGUACAAUGGUGGGAGUCAUUUGCAGUGCCUCCAGCUUCCUCCUGCCAGCACAGGCUCAGAUGAAUAUCAGCUUCUUAUUGGACGUGAGCCAGAACAGCACACCUGGUGACAUCAUCAUUUAUGCCAACACCAGCAGUGACAACUAUGAGAGUGCAGACUAUCUCCAUGACAACUGGGUCACUCUGAGUCUUCCUCUCAGAUAUGGAGUCAAUGUCAACAUCCAUGGAUUCGUCAACCCCACCUCAUUCUCAUUUGAAGAGGUGGACUCCACCCCUGUUGACUGCUACACCGAGACCUUCAACUACACCUACAAGGUGUUAAACUCUGGUCCCAGCAGGUCUGUAGAUACUGUGGUUGACAUCGCUCUGCCAAAGAUUCUGGCUCCUUACCAUCACAGACUGCUGCAGGUGGUGGACUGGCAGACGUCUCAAGGUGUGUGUUCCAUGAGUGAUACGACAAUUUCAGUAAUUGAGGACUGUGACGCCCCCAAAGCUUCCUUCAUCAAACAGCUCAUCUUCUUCUUCUCCCCCGUCUCCACCCGGAGAAUGUUCUGCAGCCGUCGUGACCACCUGUGCGAAUGGUUGGUGUGUCGCCUUGGUAACCUGGAGGCAGGGAGAGAAGCCACCAUUCGACUGGAGGCCAGACUGAACCCUGCUGUGCUACUGCAAGCUCCGGGUCGUCAAGGUAUCAUGACGCUGGAGAGCAUUGCAAUGAUGUCAUCUCCCAGAGAAGAUCCUAACACCACCAUCAUCCAUGAACAUCCUCUGGCACAGGUGUUGGUGGAAGCUCAUUUUAGCCAGAAACCCUCAACGGUGGUGAAGGUCUUCAUCAUCAUCAUCAGUUUAGUUUUGGGUCUGAUGAUCCUUGCUGCUCUCAUCUGGUGUCUAUGGAAGGCUGGAUUCUUUAAGAGGACCGUCCAGAAGACAGAGGAGGAGUUCAAGAGAGACAGCUGGGACUACGUUCCUCAAAGCAACAAAAGAGAGAGCUUUUCCUAACCACCUCUGAACAUGACCAUUGCACCUCUGACCACAGGACGGAGUUCAUAUUGCGACUGUGUGAAUGUUUUAAUGAGACAAUUUGUUCUGAUGGAUGCCAUGGAGGAAGAGCUGUUUAAGAAACGACAGCAACCCAUUCUGUCCAGAACUGUAAAGUAUUGUAGGUGAACGUUGUGGGCCAACGAAGUGUGUUUGAUGUUGGUGUCAGAGGGUUUGACGUUAGCACGCAGACCUUACAUGAAUCUGACCGUCACCUUUUAUCAUGUAACAUGCCUGAUGUGCCUUCACAACAGUCUGCAGCAAUAGAGGAGUAACCAACAACGUAAA